CCCAAAUCCUGAGAAGGCGCAGACUCUCUAUGGGCUACAAAUUUGUACAAAGAGCAAGUCAGACUGCUUGAUUUGAAUAUGUUGGGCUUCUUGGUUAAAUAGUCUCUCAUCUGAGCUACAGUCACAAAAAGAUCUCCCUGCAAGAUUAGAGCAUUUUUUUCCUGCUGCUCUAUAACCCAUAAUCACAGUGUUGUUAUUUUCUCCACUUUCUUGGGUCACAUUUCUACAUCACACACCACCUCCUCCCCGCACGUCACCCCUGCCAGCAGCGUUAUCGCCCUCAAAUACCAUAACAUUACAACGACGUGAGUCACAGGAGGGGGAGUGGUCCUGCAGACGUAAAGUAGGCGUAGGCUUCAACGUCUGACAACCAAGAGAGCCGUGUGGACCCGCCUGGCUCGGACGCACAGCACAAGAGGAGGCUACUCCGGUGAAGUUGGUGCCGCCGUUUCGGGAGGCGAGUUGUGUGCGCUCGGAAGAGACCGGAGGGACAGCGCAGAGAGCUGGAUCCCUUCCUUUCCCCCCCGCGGUGUCGGAGGUAUCGGAGCUCAGAGCUGCACGUAAUGAAAUCGGUGUCGAGUCGAGAGGCAUUUAGUUAAAAAAAAGUUACUGCUGCUGGCAGAGAAGAGGCAAUUUUUUUCUUUUCAAUUGGACCAUUGUGCUCAAGCAGCUGCUCUUUCAAUGUGGGAUACAGUUUUGGUGCUUUCGCCAGGCUGAAAUCCUCCAGGGUCAGGACCUCCCUCAUGGCAGCCAUGCUCCUCGGGCUGCUGCUCUUUGCAAUGCAGUCUCCCCCCGUCCCCUCCAGGCCCAUGGUCGACGAGGGGCCACCUCCCACCUCGUCGCCCACCGACAACGCCACCAGCCACCUAAACGGCACCCUCCAACAGCUUCCUCAGAUCCUUAUUAUUGGUGUGAGGAAAGGGGGGACGCGGGCGCUGAUAGAGAUGCUCAGUCUGCACAGUGCGGUGGCGGCGGCUCAGAACGAGGUGCACUUCUUCGACUGGGAGAGCCACUUCCAGAAGGGCUUACCUUGGUAUCUCAGCCAGAUGCCCUACGCCUUCCCCGACCAGCUGACCGUAGAGAAGACGCCGGCCUACUUCACCUCCAGCAAAGUCCCCAAGCGCAUCCAUCAGGUGAACCCUGACACCAAGCUGCUGCUCAUCCUCAGAGACCCCACGGAGCGGGUGCUGUCAGACUACACCCAGGUCUUUUACAACCGCCUCCAGAAGCACAAGCGCUACCAGCCCAUCGAGUCCGUUCUGGUGAAGGACGGCGAGAUCAACCUGGGAUACAAGGCUCUCAAUCGCAGCCUGUACUAUGUUCACAUGCAGAACUGGCUGAAGUACUUCCCACUGGAGAGCAUCCACGUGGUGGACGGGGAUGAGUUGAUCAGGGACCCCUUCCCCGAGAUGAAGAAGGUGGAGAGGUUCUUAAAGCUGGAACCCCAGAUAAACGCUUCGAAUUUUUACUUCAACAAAACAAAAGGAUUCUACUGUUUGAGGGACCACGGGCGAGAGCGGUGUUUACAUGACUCAAAGGGCAGGGCUCACCCUCAUGUGGCGCCCGCCAUCCUGCAGAAACUCUACCAGUUCUUUCAGGAACCCAACAAGAAGUUCUUUGAGCUGGUGGGCCGAACAUUCAACUGGAAAUGAACGUCAGAGUCUCGGUAGUUUGGCGUAGAGUGGCUCUGGGAUAAUCUGUUUUCCUCACUAACAACGUAGAUGAAGAGACAAAGCUAAUGUAAAUUUAAACCAAGUCUAUUUUUGUACUAGUACGUUUGUUACAGGAGUAUGAUCGAGCCAAAUAUCAGGGCGGACUGCAGUUCAUGACACGCUCCGUUGGUGCAUGUUUUUUUUAUUUUCAUUGUUAAACAUUUUCUCUGUGUCCUGUUAUAAACAAUCACUGCUGUUCAAAGACGUACGAUGACAUUCAGACUUUGGACUGUGCCAGUUAAUGUGUUCCAUAGAGAUAAGUACCAGGCAGUUUAAUAUUGUCAUACCCUCACGUUUCGCUUCAUAUAAUAUGACAUUAUUAACGUCUAACUGCAUUAAGCUCUCUGAAGGACCUUUACCUGCUGCUGCUAUGAUUUUCUCAGUCACUUUCAGGCACGAGUCCGUUUUUCUUUCUGUAAGACAAAGAAGUAAAAAAAAAUGCUCAUCAUAUAUUUGCCGAUCGUUGCGGUGUACUGUAAAUAGUUUUUUCAAGUGAAGAAUUAAUACCAUAAUAAAGAUGUAUUUUAUUUUUA